CAUCUGCAAAAAUGGGUACCCAAAAAUGCAACAAGGUUCAAGAGGCACUUGUCCGUCCGUUUGUCCUCAUUUGGAUAUUCUCCUCCUCCUUCCUACGACGCAGAUCUCUAAUGGCUGGUCUAGUUAAAGGACUCGCCGGCGAUCUCACGGGCUCUGCUGACGUUUGCAAGAUUGUCGCCGACUUUUCCAAGUGCUUGGCGUCUGAGUAUCUACUGCCAAAUGAGACGAUCGCCUUCUCCUUGGUCUCGGUAAAGGAAGAGUUCACAUUCACUAACAUGGCGUUGAUCCUACUGGAGGGCGAGAAUGCUACCACCACCCGCAAACUUGUGGAACGCUACGACUACAAGAACAACACCAUCACGCACGUAAAGUUUGAGAGUGCCGGACACGUCGAUCGCGACUGCGAGAUCAAGUUCAACAUCGGCGCCAAGGGCAUCUCCAUUGACAUAGCAAAAGGUGAACAGACGUCAGCUCAAGGAAUCUACAAGGUGCUGGAGCUGUUGAGUCGAGCUCAAGUCGCAAAUGAACGUCUGUGGGAGAUUAGUACGCUAGGCAUGAAGCACGCGAGUGAAGCCCUAUAUCUCACUGAGAACAGCGGCCAGACUCUCCAGAAGCAGUCGGACGAAGCUACUGCGUGGCUCUAUGAAGCCUACAAGCGCACCCACCCUCACUGCUACCGCGAUGUCAUCCAAACAGCCUUCUCGGAUCUUCGCCUAGCGGACAAGAUGGCACAGUAAAACAAGUAGUUGCCUAAUGUAAAAAAAAAACUACCUACUUCAGUACUUCAGUAGUAGGCAAAAUUUCUGACAGUUUUUUCGAUAGGCAUUUGGUUUUAUAAAAACAGUCCGGUAAAUAGUAGAUAUGUUACGACCAAAACACGUUGCUCUGAGGUUCCUAGUUCU